AUGGAAAAGCCAAUGAAGUUAUUCUUAUUUAAUGAAAUUUUUUUUUUUAUAAUUUCAAUUUGGAUUCUAAAUUUCGAAAAUGAUAUAGUAUUAGAAUAUUAUUUUAAUUUAUAUAUUUCGUUUAACAAAAUAUUGGAUGUGCACUAUAACCUUGGUCAGAAAUUAGACAUAAAGAAUUACAGAUUACUAGCAAAAUAUAAGAAGAGCAAGGAUUAAAAUAGAGCAAGUUUAAAAGAUGAUAUACCUAAUAAUAGAGGUUAUUCUCAAAGAGAUAUAUUUAAUAAAGAAGGAGACACACUGAAACACAAAAAAUCAAAUAGAAGUUCACUGAAUAAGGCGCAAUACUAUACAGAAGUAAUAAAUUAUAAUAAAGGAAUGUUUGAUGGAAAACAUUUCCAUUUUGAAAAAAAGUGGAUAAAAAAAAAAGAUUAUGAUUAUUUUCUUGAAAAAAACAGGAGAAUUGGUGAUAUAGGUUUAAAAAAAAUAAAAUUUAGAAAUUAUGGAUUUGCAGUUUUCAUAUUUUUUAUUUUUUUCGUGUUGGGAAUAGGAUACCCCAUAUUACAAGGAUUAGGUUACUUGGAAACUGUCGCGAAAAUGAUCAUGGAAUCAAUAAAAAGCGCUUUUGAUUUAACACAGGAAAUUCCAGUGCCAUCCUAUACUUAUCCAUUAUUAUUUUCUAUACUUCUUUUUAUAUUAGCUAUUAUAAUAGUAGUAGGAAUUACAAAGAUCUUAAUAAAUAAUGAAAAAUAUAAAAAAAUUAAGUUGAUGACUGAG